CAAAAACACAAGACGUCAAAUUCAAAGAAUAAAAUUGCACAAAUUUAAAAACCUAGUUUAAUUAAUUUAUUAUUCCAUAACUAAAAAUGUUUAAAAUAACAGAAAUAAGUGGAAAUAUUUUCACUGCAAGUGAAGAAUUCUCUUUAGCUCAUUGUGUGGGCGCCGAUCUUAAAAUGGCCAAAGGAAUAGCUGUUGAAUUUGUGAAACGUUUUGGCCAAAAGGAACAGUUAAUGAAGCAAAAUGUUCGCAAAGGAGGUGUUGCUGUUCUCAAGGAUGGUUAUAGAUUUAUUUAUUAUUUAGUUACAAAGGAUCUCAGUUACCAACCCACAACCUACGAGACUAUGUAUUCGUCACUUCAUGCAAUGAGGACACACAUGCUUACCAACGGAGUUAACAAACUGGCAAUACCCAGAAUUGGCUGUGGAGUAGAUAAGCUCAAUUGGACCAAAGUUAAGUCACAAAUAGAAGAAGUUUUCAAAAAUGAUUCAAUUGAAAUUGUUGUUUAUAAUUAUAUUCAAAAUAAAAAUUAAUAUCUACUUUGGUACAAAGACA